AUGGAGAAAGGGGGAGAUGGUGACAAGCCACUAGAAAAGCUGACUGGUGUGCCUUGCUUGGAGAGGAGCUCUGACACCAUCCCUGCUGAGGACACUCUCGUGCGCCAUGCCAAAGGUUUGAGUGAGGAAGCCUUCAAAAUUUGUAAAGAAUACCUACGGCCUCGGAAAAAGUUCUUAAGAAAACUGCAUCUGCCCAAGGACCUUCCUGGGGGGAAGAAGCUGAAGUACAUGAAGCAGAGCCUCAUGGUCCUAGGGGAUCACAUCAACACCUUUCUGCAACACUACUGCCAAGCCUGGGAAAUCAAGCACUGGAAGAAGAUGCUCUGGCGGUUUGUUGCCCUCUUCUCUGAACUGGACGCGAAGCAGCUUCGCAGGCUCUACAAGUACACCAAGAAUGACCGGCCAGCCAAGUUGGCGGAGACAUUCUGCCCUUUGGAUGCUCCAGAGGGCUCCUUGCUGGUAGACCAGGAAGACAGCCUGCCCAAGCUCUGCAGCGCCUGGGGUCUGCACAGCAACCUCAGCAGCAUGAAAGAGAGGCUGUCCAAAAUGCGGACCCCAGGCCCAAAGGACUCCCUGCUCGGGGAGCCAAGGAGUCAGAGUUGCUCCAAGGGCAAUUCUUUAAGGAAACUUCCUCAAAAAACAAAACUGAAGAGAAAGAGGAUUAAAGAGCUCUCAGACAGAUGCCCAUAG